UGCUUAGUUAUAAAGUAUUUCAUUUAGACCAACAACACACAUAUUUUCAAUAGUAAUCGUACGUGUUUAGCUAUUCGUUUGUACUUGUCUUUAUAAACAAAAAUAGCAGCAAAAACACCACAGCGUUUUUGUUUUCUGGGUUAACAUGUCUUCGUCGGUUGAGGAGUCGGACUUGCCGGAGGAAGAAGUAUUUGAAAUAACUGAUUUCACGAAUGCUACUGACUGGGAGCUUUUUAUAUCUAAAAUAGAGGAAGUUAUUGGGGAAUGGCAUUUGAACAGUUAUACAAGAACCACCCCUUUGUGUGCUAUAACGAAUGAAAUGAGAAAUGGAACUUGGGAAACUAGAACUGCUGAUAUAAGUUUCACAGGCGUGCCAUUCACUCUCACUUAUCAUCAACUUAAAGAAGUGGAGCAUGAACAUGAAGAUCUUUUCCAGGAGGAGCCAGAAGAGGAUGGUGUAGAUUUUCCUGCGUACUCCGAUGACAUGAUGAAUCUCAACACAGAUUUUCCACCUCGUGCUCACUGCCUGGCAAGGUGGUAUGGGCUUCGUUCUUUCUUGGUUCUAUCCCCACCUAGUGGUAGUGAAAGCAAUCUGAGCGAGUCAAAAUGUAAUCUACUCCGUAGUUCUGCAGCUGUUGCAUUAAACAACUCUUCUUGUCAUGUUCCCUUCUUUGUUCAAAUACUAGAAAGCUGGAGGCGCGUGUUUUCAGGUCACGCUUAUUCUGUUGGAGUCCAGACACAAUUUGAGAUGGUACACCUUAAGCACUGCCCUCAACAAUACAGGAACAUAUCUGGUUUAUUACACGUCUUCAAAACAAAAAUUGGAUCCCCGUCCUUACCUAUGGGUCGGUGCUGGGUCUCAACUAGGUUUACGUAUGUAUUAAAUGAUUGGGGCGACAAAGGAAAAUGGCCGCUAAAGCUACAAGACCCUCAAGAAGUGGCGAUGAAUUUUGCAACGCUAAUGUCAGGAUCAUUAGAUGAGCCCGUUAUGGAACUACAGUUGGCAGCAAUGUGGCCCAACUUAACCAGUGAUUUAAUAAUGGACAACGACGUGCAUACUCAUUUCAAUGCACUUGCUGCACCAGUGUGGGCUGUCAGGCUACGGUAUUCAGACGAUUUACCGUGUUUGUUAACUUAUUAUUUAUACGAGUUUAUGAAAGGUGCUGACAGAAAAGAGUCGCUAUCAGACCUCCUGAGCUUUGAAAACCACUCAGAGCAAGAACCAGACAUGGGAUUAGCUCUAGGGAGGAUCACCGAGCCAGCUGCAUCUUCUAUGAUCCCUAUUGUAUCUUCCAGACUCGCAUCAGGAAUCUCAAAAGCAGUUUCUGACCCACAAGGUCUUCUGCGGCGAAGUGCUCACUCUUUAACUCAAAUGGGAGCGAGUCAGAGUGAUAACAAGAUGCCUGAAGCCACGCUAAAAGCAAUUCGAGAAUUCCUAUUUAGAUCCUUAGAAAAGGAACCAUCCAAAUCUGCAUAUGAUUUGAGCCACCAGCUUAAAGCAGCACCACUACAAAGUUUCACACACAAGUUCGCUACAUGUGCUAUGGUGGUGAACCUCUGCCACGGAGGUAUACACGGCAUUGCUCAUCUUUGGCACGUCAUUGUCACUGAACUCCGGACUCUUUGGGAUGCGGGGAAACUGAUCCCAGGUAUUGGGAUGAAUGUUCCGGACCUACGGACUUGUCUUCUUCAUCAAAAAUUCCAGAUGCUCAACUGUUGCGUCAACCAUAAAACAAUUCGUGAACAAAAACGAAAAUCUGCAAGCGAGAUAAAAGAAGAUAACCAAAUCCCAACCGAAAAUGUGUCAGAAGACUCAAAUAUUCCUUCAGUGUUUGAAAACAAAGUUGUUUCAGAAGAUAUGGAACAAAUAGAAGAGAAUGUGGAAAAAUCUGAUGAAAAUGAAAGUCAAAAUUUGAAAAAUGAGAGCAAGAAUGUUGAAACUCGUUUCACCAUGUCUGCAUCCGAUGAUUCUGAUGAUGAGUUUUAUGAAUGUGAGAGUGAUGUGGACUUGGAGGAGGUGGAGGAUGUGGAAGAAAAAGAAGAUGUUUCAGAAGCUCAACCAGAAUCUUCAUUUAAUGAUGGGCAGGUCCCUACUUCUUCGGAGACGGAUGAAAAAAAGGAAGAAGUUUCUAUGCCUCAGAGAGAUAAAGAUGAGCAAAACGAUGAUCAUCAUUCUGUUUCCCAAGUAGAAGAAGAUAAACCAAUGGAUGACGGUUACGUUGCUCAAAAAGAUAAAGAUUGUGAUGGAGAUAUGGAAGUUAAAAGAUCUUUAAUUAACGAAGCACCAAGUGAAAAAUUUCCUCCAGAGGGCAGGCUUAAGCAGUGUGGAUCACUACAUCUUCUAUUAAAUAUUUCCUCACCUCUAUACAUCCCCAUCACUCAGGAUCAUGCUCCUCUAACAGAGGAUCAGUUGGAAGAGCAAGCUAAUCUCUUCUCAAAGCUCGGGGACACAAAAGAAGGAUCAAAAGUCCGGGCGAGGAUGCAGAGCGCUUCUUUGCUCUCGGACAUGCAAUCUUUCAAGGCUGCUAAUCCUGGGUGUUGCCUUGGAGACUUUGUUCGCUGGUAUUCUCCUCGAGACUUUGAAGAGGGGAAGCUUUCACAGAGGAUGAAAAUACCUGGAAACUUGUGGGAGACAACAUGGGAGCAAGCCAACCCAAUACCUGCACAUCGGCAGAAGCGAUUGUUUGAUGAUACAAAAGAGGCAGAAAAAGUUUUGCAUUUUCUUGCUAAUCUGAAACCUGCAGAGGUUAUGCAAGCGAUUUUACCCGUCUGCGUGCAUGAGGCAGUCAGUAUGCUCAGAUCUUCCUCAAAAGAAAUGUCAGAGUGUUUGCCCGAUUUACCUCUUCUGUGUAACCAGAUCGAAACGAAGGCGACACAAACUUUUCGUGGCUGGAAUAUGUAUGGUUCCGUUGCUAACCAGUUCAAACCAUGGUCAAUAGAGACACGGGGCAAAAUUGAAGACAUUUUGAGACAGAUCUCAUUUGCUGACGCGCUUAUACAACGUGCACAGUCACUACAACACAAGUUUUCGGACCUAGGAGACCCAAAUACCAUCAAAGCCUUUGUCAAAUCUAUUAUGGAGCACCCAGAAAUUACCAUAGAGGGCGGUCCCAAUGGCCCUGUUGGCAAAAUAAUAACACAAUACUUCACCCAGCAAGUUGUGAGCAAAAUAGACCCUUUAGAUUCCGAGUUACAAAAGGAUGAACCACCAAAAUCUCGGCUACCAGACCCUACAGGGCGGGAGUUUAUCAUUCGGGCCAUAUCUCCUUACCCAAGCAAUUUUUCACGUGAGAUGCCACAUAGACUUUAUGCCGUGUUAAUGAGAAAUGAGUUUCGCUUGGCGAGUGCAAUUUCAACAGACCCGACAUUUUUCUAAUUUUUUGUUGUUGAAGCUUUAGUGCAAUAAUGAAUAUUUAGAGUGGUGUAGUUUUUAUUGUAUUUUUAACUUUUCAUGUUUAUUUUAAAGUUACUUGGUGAAGCUAUACUCCAUAAUGUAAUAAUAAGCCAAACCAAAUGAUUUGUAGUGCUUGUAUUGAACUGUCUAAUAAGUAAAAGGAGCAAAAAGGGUUCUGUUAUAUUUCAUGUAGCAUUGCAAAAGGGGCAAGGGCAGGAUACAUUUAAUGUAGCAUAGCAUUGCUAUCGGUACAAAUUAAAAACAUUGCAAACCUAUUCCAAUUUGACAACAGAGUAUAUAUCAUGUUUGGCUAUUGGUGUUUUUGUUGUGGGGUCUUAUUCAAGUAAAUGGAUUAGCUUCACAAGUGCGCAUGACCUUUAUUUAUUGAAUAAUCCGACUUAUGUAUUAAUUUAAAUUGCUUAUUAAUUGCCAUUUCCUAUUGCUAUAACCCUAUGUAUUAUGUGGCAUGUGACAAAUAGUGUUAUUUUAUCUCAUUAUUUGAAACACUCUUAUGCUUAAUUACAUAAUCUGUGUUUAGAACUGAGGGAUAUUCCAUUAACUUUAAAGUGUUUUGGACUUAAAUGUCGCUACAGUUUAUU